AUGGCUGGACGUGGCAGAGGACGGUCAAGAGGAAUUCUGGAUGCAGUUUUGACAACACCUGGAGGGCUAAUAGCUAAAGCAGAAGAAUCUGAAUUGAUUCCAGACAAUGAUCCUGCAGAGAAAGCCAUCAAGUCUGCUGCCGUGGCUGAGGAGAACUCCAUUAACUCACCAACACCUGGUGAAGGUGAUGGAGGUGGCCAUCCAACUCUUUCAUUAAACGACAUCAAGUCCAUCUUAGAAGAUUCCAGAACUUACAGUGAACAGAACGACGUGAAACGUGUGCUUGUAUGUGCCAGGAAUUUUGUUCGGACAGAAUCUGACGUCAAAGUGCUUGCCUCUCUAAUUUAUAAUAAAUGUCUAGAGGAUGCAGCGUUAGCCAAGAGAGGUUCCGAAAUCUGUGACGGUUUGACCAGCAUAGAAGUUGGCAACACAAAAUUUAGAAAUUGUAUUCUUAGCCUUGUGCAGACUGAUUAUAAAGAAAGGAAUGAAUUGCUUGAGAAAAACCCAGCACGGUUUGGAGGAUUCCUCGCCUUUCUGUGUGAAAUAUUUGGUAUCAUGAGAACUGCUACAAAUGAGGUUUUUAAGCCUCUUAUAAAUCCGCUUUUUGACUGCCUGAACCUUGUACUGGGUCCUGACAGCAGCGGAGAUGGAGAUGAUAGCGAUGAUAAACCAAUUAAAGGAAGCAGUGACUUUGUCAUAAAUGAGGAUGUGUGUGAAACAUUUACAGUCCAGCUCCAGUGUAUAGGCAGGCUUUUAGAUGAGCAUGCGGAAGAUCAGAUGAAGGAACUGAUGAAUCGCAUCAGGACUGGAAUCAUCAUUAGCAAGAGUUCACCCAGAGUUCGCUGUUGCUUGUUGGAGGUUGUGGAGACUUACGCCCGAGGAUGGGAAAUGGCAAAUAAUGAUACAACAAAGUUCUACUGCGAUAUGGUUGUGGAGAUCAUGUCUGGGCUUGUGUUGUGA